GAUGAAGCUCCCAAAGAUAUUUCGGAGGAUGUCUCCAUGGAGGACCCAGCUCCCGUGGCGGCGAAGUCGGAUACUCCGAAGCAGGAUUCAGCAAGGCCGGAUGUGACCGAACCGGUGCAGAUUGCUGACGAUGCAGCAGACAAGCCUGCAGUCGACGAGUCUGCACCGAAGGCGAAAGCCGUCGAGGUGCCGUCAGGCCCGGUAGAGCUGGAAGACAGCGAUGACGACAUGGAGGUGAGCGGCGCCAUGGCGGAGAUGAUGCUUCCAACCAACCUCCUCACGGAGGAGUUUGCCGACGAGGCUGUGAGCAUCGACGGCGAUGACUCCAUGAAGGACAAGCCUCCGUUCCCGCCCUUCCCGCCUCGGAAUUUUGUUCCGCCUUCAGACGCCAGGAAGCGAAUACUGGCGAAAGUGAAGCAGAAAGCAUCCGAGCUGCUUGCGGAUGGUCAAGCAGAGAAGGCGCUGGAGAAGUACAGCGAGCUCAUCAAAACAGGUGGCGCCACAGCCCUGAUAAUGGCGGCUAGG